AUGUCAAAGUCUGUAAAAAAGCUCGUCGAGGAAGCUAAAGAACAAGGCUACACUGACAUAGAUCUAUGUGACAGAGGCUUGUCAAAUAUAAAGGAUAUCCCUGGAUUGAGUAAGUUUGGAAGCGUUUCUUGAAUAUAGAACGAUGUGACGGUUUAGUCCGGGCCUGGCCAGUCUGCUAUGAAAGCCUUGUAUGUUUUCUCUUUAAUUUCUUUCAGCUCAGUUAAGAAGUCUGGUGCGGCUUACACUAAGUCAUAACAGACUAACAUGUAAGUUUUUAUAAUAGACGAGUGGAGAAUCAUUAUCUUAGGUGUACAUGUACAUGUAAGAGCAUCUGAGAUUCUAACUUUGGGUGUGAAGAAAUGUGGAAAUUCUCUGCAUACCUAAAAGAGGACUCUUCCGCUCCAAACAUGAGGUCCUGUUUUUGGUAUAAUACGAUUGUCGAAAUUUUGAAAGAUAACUGGGAAUCCAAUUCUUUCGUGAUUUUUAAAUGGAAGAAGUUAAAACCGACUUAGAGGGAAGGUGAAGUUGUACACUGUAUAAAAGCUGUACUUAGUGUUAGUAAUAAACUAUUUGAGGCUAAAAUGCCUUUUUUGUUAACCCCCUCCACACCCUUUUUGAUCCUGGAUGCAUGACCUCCAACCAUUGUACUUUAGCUUUUCUACUUUGCAUUCUAAGCCCAUGUUUCCCCCCCCCCCAUCUCUAUUGACCAUUUGUCAAAAUGUUUUUGAGGCUUGAUAGAGGAGGUUGAGCCUAGAUAAAUUAAUGUUUGGUGUUGUAUGGAGAUCUUAUACACAGUUUAAAUUUAGCUUUGACCAGUGCCAAAAUGGGGAAAAUGUUUGUUGCACCUAAGAUAUUGAAUGUUUUCUCUCCAGGUCUUUCUCUAAUUAUACUGUAAAUCCUCUAUUAAGGGCCCCCCCCUCAAAAUAAAUGACAAUUCCAUACUGAUGAUUCAAAUCAAUGUUUACCCGGUAAUAAAUCCCUACUUUGGAACAUGGGGUUCCAAAAAUAUAAAUUUGUCUUUGCUUUUUUCCCUUCCUAGUUUAUGUAUUUUUUUGUUUAUCUGUCUACUUAAGGUUAGGUAGAUGCCUAACUCAAAUGCUUUUUCCCUAGAAAAAUCACAUUACUAUAUUCCAUGUAUUGACUGUUUAGUUAGAGAUUCUUUUAUUCACCAGCUGGAUAUGCAUUUGACCUUUGACCUCCAACCAUUUUUAAUCUUUUUUGUUCUAGUUCUUUAUGGAGUCAACUGAUACCAUUGUUAUUGCUAAAACAAAUAACUACUCCCCCCACCAAUCAGCUCCCGCUCCAUUACUGGAUUCCCUCAAAUGUUUUUGAGGCUUCAUCAUCAGCAUGGAUCAGGUUUUUGUUGCUGAACACAGGAUGAUAAGAUCCUGGUUUCCGAUAAUCUUGAAUUCUAAAGAUCCAGGUGGAGGUUGAGCCUGGGCCGAACUGUGGGCCAGUGUAAAAAUGAAAUGGCAUUAAAUCUGGGCUUUCAAUGAAUGUCCACCUGCCAAAUGUUUGACAUCUUUGACCAAGUGCCAUAUUAAACCUUCACCAUAAGAUAAUAAUACACUAUACAUGCGUCCAAUAGUACACGGCAUUCAGUUUUCUUUUAUAAGUUACUUGGAACAUUUGAGUUAAAUUACUUGUCUUGUAUUUUCACCUUAGCUCUUCCAGAAUCCAUAGGUGGCCUUGAAAGCCUGGAAUAUCUAAAUGUCUUCAAUAAUCACAUUGAGGUAAAAAUGUUAUUGUUCUCUAUUUCUUUAGUACCACACUCUCACGUAGGUAAUAUAAUGUCUAUUUUUUUCUUUUUUGUUUCUGUAGGAGCUUCCGAUGUCUUUAGGUAAUUUAAAAAAACUACGACAUUUUAAUGCUGCGUAAGUAUUUCUUAAAUUAUGUUUAUGACUAUGUGUAAGGGUGUAUUAUACAUACCUACCUUUUGGGAGGGUUCUUUCCUGUAAAAAGUCAGGAUUUUAUGAUUUCUAUACACUGCAAAUUUUUGUUGGAGAAGUACCCGUAACUUAUUAUUAUACAAGUAGGAACAUUAUCCAGAUAUGUAUUGAAAUGCCAUUUUCAUCUUCCCAAGUUUGUUUUUAAAAGUUAAAGGUCUGUAUUUGAUGUUGGUAACUCGUAGCACUACUCAUCAGACUGACAAACCUCAGACUGACAGUGCCCUCAUUUUACUUACUCUCUCCAUAACUGCCCCAUUUUGUGGGAAUUUAAAGCUACAUAUAAGCUACUCAGAAAGGAAAGCAAGGAUUUGAGGUCACACCUGAAAAUCAAAUUACAGAAGGCCACCCACUAACUGACUGUACUAAUCUUUGUUCCUUAUCUUUUACAUUAUUCAGGGUCAAUCGCCUUAGUUCCUUACCUAGAGGCUUAGGAACAGCUUCUGGUUUGGAAAUCUUGGAUUUAACGUAUAACAAUCUUCAAAAAGAAUCUCUACCAGGAAACUUUUCUGUUAUGAGUAAGUGAAAUAUGAAAUUGUACUACACUAAUAUUCAAGUGCCAUGAAAUGUUCCAAUUUCAUUGUUAGUAAAAAAUAUAUUUUGCAAAUUAUUAGUGCUUAAAUGGGCCCUACUGUUCAAAGGAAACCGCAUCUAGUAAAAAAUUUUGCUGAUACUUUUUACUGAAAUUUCUGGUACAUCGGUUUUUAUUGAUCAGACUAAUAAAUAUGCCAGAGAAAUUUCAGAGAAAUCCUUGGAGCAAAAGUCCGGCAACUAGGAAGUUAUUUCACAAUGUGAAAUAAAAUCAUCAUAACAAAUACUACCUAUGUAUUUCUAGGUGCACAUGAAGCCAGAGGCCCAAAUGGCCAGAGCUUACAUGUUUCUUGGUUUCCUUAGCAUGAAGCAAGCCUAGGAGUACUGCUACUCCCCCCUGGAGGGGAUGCUAGUCCAUUGCAGGGUUACCCCAGCAGUAUGUUGCUGUUACCCAUUCAUACACCUGGGCCAAGUUGUUCAAAGGCAGAUUAGUGCUUAACCCGGGGUUAACUUUAACCGAGGUUUCUUUUUCUUUUAUUCAAAAGCAUUUUCUCGGAUAAUUUUCUCUGUUAUUUUUAGAGCUUCGAAUCUUCAACUUGUAGACAAAAAGAAUUAAAACUUAAAUGCUUUUUAAGCUUUCAAAUGUGAAUUCAAAUCUUGCACUAACCCAGGGUUAUCUUAACCCAACUUUGAACAACUCGGCCCUGGGUGAAGAGAGACAAAGUGGAGUAAAGUUCCUUGUCUAAGGAAACAAUGCGAUGGGUGAGGCUUGAACCCCAGACCUCCAGAUCCGGAGUUCGAGGUGUUAAUUACUUGGCCACACACGGGUACAUGCACCACUGGUGUUAACAAGUUACUCAUUGUUUUGAUAGGUGGCACCAUUCUUUCUAGCUUAUGAAAAAAGUUAUUUUUGGUUAUUAUUAUUUUUAGAGCAGUUACGUGCACUGUAUCUUGGUGAUAAUGACUUUGAAACUUUGCCUGACGAGAUAGGAGAGCUUCGAAACCUUCAAGUGGUAAUGAUUUAUUAUUCCUACAAUGAUUGUUGCCUUAGAAGAUAACUGUUUCGUACAGCUACAUGUAAUACCGUCGUUCUCAACAUUUGGUACGAAAGUUGGCAUUUAAUGUGAAUGUUUUUCAAAAACAGCACUUAAAGACCUUAGGGAUGGAAUGCACCAGGCAACAUGUUGCAGCAACAAGUCACGGCAACAAGUUGGCAAAUUUAAUGUGAAUGUUUUUCAAAAACAGUCUCCACAACAGAAUUUUGCCAUAAAUCAAGACCUCAAUCAGGGAUGGAAUGCACCAGGCAACAUGUUGCAGCAACAAGUCACGGCAACAAGUUGCAAAAACAGUACAAAUCAUUUUUACCAUGUGUUGCACAUGGAGAAUUUUUUCUGACCUUUGGGGUUUAUCAAGGUUAAUUUCCUCCUUGUACCUAUUUCAAAAAAAGAGAAAUCAGGCAUAAUUAGAAAACUUGAUCAUCAGGAUUCAAAUUCAAGAGCCUCCAAAUUCUAGAUUGUAUGCUGCUCAAACACUUUUUAACUACAUGUUCAGUGUGUAAUAAUGGAUCUAGAUUGAAAAUUUGUGCAACAUUUCCUCUUAACUGCAAUUCUUUAUUAUUUAAGGAUAAAACCCUCAGAGAUCUGUUUAAUUCAUUGUGUAUGGAAGGCGCCAAAUUUCAUAAUAUCAUUGCUAUAUUUUUUGUUCAAAUAUCUGCAAGUUUGCGAUGGGUGCAAAUCAAUUUUUGGUGUUAUUGGGUUAUUCUCUAAAAAGAGGUCAACAUUCUUUUUUUUAGUCAAUAAUAAUACAAAUUAUAUGCUGGGCACCCUAGAAUUUAUAGGUUCAGAGCUCUGGGCUUCAUUCAAUUUCCUUACAGCACAUCCUUGAUGAACUUUUGCUUUUAUUAUUUUAGUUGGUGCUCCGAGACAAUGAUCUUGUAGAAAAAAUUUCAGAGCCCCCCCCUCCUCCUCCUUCAAGCUCCCCUGAAAAAGAUCCUUACACGAAAUAUAUUUAAAUUGAACUUCAUCUUUAUACUAUGACAAAACAUACAGGCUCUAAAGCAUUUUUGGAAUGAACCUCCUGAACUAGACUAGUUUAUCUGACCUUGAUAUACUGACUAUUUUUGUUGAGUUUUCAUCUUAGAUGUCAUGUGUUGGUUUUGAGAGCAGGACCCCUCCAUACAGUGUAACAUUUUAGCCCAUUAUAUCUUCAUCCCCCUUGUCAUAUUAAAUGAACUUUCCUGAUUAAAAAUUCUCAGGCAAUGAUCUUGUACCCAAAAGCUCUUGAACCUUUUUCAUCUGCAAAACAACAGGCUCACAGCUCUUCCUCCUGAACUAGGUGAGUUUAUGACCUUACAUACAAACUAUUUUUCCUAUUCAUCUUAAAGCAUUGAGAGCAGGACCACAUAGCUCAUUAUAUUCCCGAUACAUGCAAGUCUCAGUGGUCUGGCACGUACCCACAGAACCUUUUUUAUUGACAUUUGAAAACUCUAUUCCGUGAAGCCUCCAUUAUAUAAGCGACAUCCUCAGGGUGACGGCAAGUGACUGCUUAAUGGAGGUUGGCCACUCAAUAGAGGUUCAUUGUUCCCCACACAAGGUCAGACUUAGGGGUUUGAUGUACCCCCAGCUGCAUCUUUAUUAACAUUAAAUUUGAAACCUCGAUACCUUUGAGCCUCAGUUAUUAAUAUUUAAAGCGACACCCUCAGCAGUGAUUUUGUUACCUCUGCAUCCUGCGUCCCUGACGCAUGAAAAUCCCCAAAGACACAAAAUGAUUCAAUAGAUGCAUCCUGUUGAAUGCAAAGAUUGAUCAAUAUGAAGAUGUUUUUUUUAGAAAAUCCUCUACAUGUGAUUUCUGUGGUUGUUAAUGUGGCUCUUGUUUAAUGAUGCAUAUUUAUUUUAGUCCCCACAUUAAUUUUUGUUGUUUAAAUAGAAGGACUAUAUUUUAAUUUCAGUAAAUUGGUAAAAGAGUUUUGGAGUCUGUCUUCAGAUUCAGUUAUUAUUUUAUUUAUUUUUCAACCCAAGCAUUUUCAAUCUAUAAUGAUUGUUUUUCAACUGAACUCAUUGUUUUUGAACUGGGACUCAUAAUUUUUCGUAUGAUGAGUCCCAGGACUCACCAUAACUAUUUCUUACAAAAUCACUGUCUCAGGCUGAUUACAAAUGACUGCUUAAUGGAGGUUAGUUCGUCAGAAUUAUAAUUGCAUCACUUCACGGAUGGAUGAAUGGAUGGGUUAAACAUGAACUUUCUGUAAGUUAGAUCUGAAGGUGAAUAGGGAGAUUGCCUCAAAUAAUUGCCUAUAAAGGCAGAGCACAAAUGCCUGGCUAGGACUGGUAUGUAUUAAACUAAACUUGUGUCACUGGUUUUGGUUUUGCAAAGGUGAGCUUGACAUGGCCAACCCUCGUCAUGUGUUCAGACCUGAAGGAAAUGCAUGGUUACAACAGCUGGAAGACCAAAUUGUUUUAGGUCCAUCACAUGUUUUUGAGUACAUCAAGACAGAUGGAUACAAAAGGUUAGUUGACGAGGAAAGAUUCACUUCAUUUUUUACAAUAUUCACGUCAAUAAAACAGAGCAUUCUACAUGAUUAUUCUAGGAGAGGGGACACAUGGGGCAUUUCCUCAAAGUGAUGGGGACACAAUUUAGAUCUCUAGGGUAUUCACAGUACUAUAAAAUUUGUGGUUGUUUCCUACAUUAAGUCUUUUCAAAAUUACAAGGGCUGUGUUCACAUAUUAUUUUUCAAAAACUCAAUUAAAUGCUUUAUAAAAUUGAGAAUUUUUCUGAUUUCAUUGUGGCAUGCAAAUGUUUCUUCUUGCCAUGGCUCAUCACAGUCCAUUUAAGCAUCAUUCUCACCAUUGUCUGUUUAUUUUCAGUUUGUAUGAGCGACACAUUGCAUCUGGUGUUACUCCUCCACCCAAAAAGGAAAAAGAGAAGACCAUGAAGAAGAGCCGAAAGAAGAGCUCUAUGAAGUAGUGUGAAACAAAACCAACAUUUCAGUAGCCCACAACUAUUUUAUAUCGUGUUCCAUCACUAUAGCCCAGAGAGAGGAGUGGGGUAGUGUCUUUCAAGUCAGGAACAUUUUAUCCAAACCUUUUUCUAGGGUACAGUUAAUUCUCCCUUAACAGACACCUCUAUAAUAUGGAUGCCUUGCUAAAAUGGAUAUAUAGUGCCUUUUUCAAAGGUGUCCAUCCUAAAGAGAGUUGGCUUUAGUUGUUCAAACGUUGAAUGGUGCUAUCCACCCGAUAAAUUUUCAUUCAGUGGAUAAGAUAAGUUUUAGGGAAAGCAGUCACUGUCUUAAACACCGGCUAGAGUUUUAUCCAGUGGAUCGCAUUAUCCACUUUUCAAACAACCGACCAGGACCUUGGGUGAGUUUCAUCCAAAACAGAAAUGGCAAUUUUGAUUUCUUUACUGAUGCAUUUUUGAUGAAUUCCUGGACUGAGUUGUUUGAAGCCUGGUUGGUGCGUGGUAAUUGUGGGUUAACAGCAAAGGGAGCACAUGAGUUGUUAUGGUAACUAAACCUGAAUUUGCACAAAUAAAACUUUUUUCAACUCCGCCAACUCAACUGGAGCACAUAUAUGAGAAAGAAUUUGUCCAAGGAUUCACGAUGGUGAGAAAGGGAACCGUUUUGAUAAAAUGCUCCAAGAUCAAGUAUGGUACUAGAAUAUUUUCUUCACUUGAAUUUUAAAAUUCAACAUCUGCUGCUCUGUGGACCCAGAUAUCCUUAUAACUAAAUAAUAUUAUUUGCUUUAGAAGGUAUGAAAGCAAUGGCCCUGGGCAAGCACAAUGUUAGAGCUGCUUGCCCAAAGGGUAAGCUGGCAUUCAAGUUUGUCUGUUUUUGGGGACCUAGUUAAUCCCUUACAAUAUUCAAGUGGGUUCCAGGUUGCAUUGAAAUUCAAUAUUAAUGGUUGAAAGUAAAUUAUUGUGAACCCAUGUAAUGCCUUAAUGGUCCAUACAAUUACGAAAUACAUGUAUGUGUUACAGGUCAAAUUUGAUUUUAGGUGAAAAUUUUUUAAUCUACAAUCUAAAAAUGGCACGUUUUGGCUUUUGCGUGGCUUCAUCCUUGAUUUUGGGGUGAUGGGGCUUUGCUGUUCCAUUUUCUUCUGUCCAAGAUUGUAGGUUGAUUCUCAAUUUUCUUUGUCUCCUAGUCCGAAUUAUUCAUGAAUUAGGGCUAGGAGUCAAAGGAAAUUGAGAGACAACCUAGGUUAAGAAACUUCAACCUGAAAUCAAAUUUGACCUGUAACGCAUGCAACCCCUUAGAAAAUUUAUAUGUGUAUAAAAAUGUAUUUAGGUAAUAGCCCACGUUCAAUAUAUUAAAUUUUAAGCUGAAUCCGAGGCUUUAGGGUCAAAAUUGCAAAUUUUUGUGGCUCCAUUGUCUCGCAAUUGCCAGAAGAGACUUGAGCACAGAGAAAACCUGACCAAAUAUAGAAAAAUGACCAGAAAGCCUCGUAGUCAUACUGGUCACUGUUUAACUGUUUAUUAAUUAUGGCAAAUUUUACAGAAAGCAAUAUCCACUGCCCGCAGUUAGCAGAUUAGCUAGUCGAGGUGAGCAGUGGUUACACAUAUGUAAUAUAUAAUAAUACAGAUAGAUCACAAGAAAGACUAGAGAAAAAGAGUAGUAUGUGGGCCAUUAACAUUAUACUAGCUUAUUCAUGCUCUGAAGCUUGUGAUUUAGUGAAUACUCGUCAUUAUAAUAUUUUUCUACAAAUAAUUUUAACAAAAACUUUACAAAGAACAUAAGCUAGUUAUCAUUGCUGAGCUUUUUAAAGCUUGCUUUGCCUUAAUUCUGGGUUAUCUUUCAUUAGCCACUGAUUUGUCAUGCUGUCUAACCUAGGAUUUGCUUUAAUCAUUUUUCAACAACUCAAAAUACAUCUCAGUGUACUCAAAACUGCAAUGGUCUGUAUAUUGUUUCAAACAAUAUUAAAAGUAGUCUGUUUUUAAAUUCUGAGCAAGGCAAAAUUCUGGCCCAUUGCCUUUAUUGUUAGCUCU